GCAAUUUCUGACAUGAUCCUUUUAUGAUGCUAUUUUGCAGCGUCUCUGUUGUGCUGUGGAUCUUCUUUGCGCCUUUAGAGAAUGACCAGGGGAAACCAGAGAGAUCGUGACCGGGAGAGAUCUUCAGCCAGGAACGGCGCCAAGUCGAAGGGCAAAGACGAUGGAUUGACUCCUGAGCAACGCAGAGAGAGGGAUGCAAAAGCGCUUCAAGAGAAACAAGCGAAGAAAGCCGCGGGAGGUGAUGCUGGAGGUAACAGUAGUAGCAAAAGCAACAAAAAAUAAUAAUACGCAGGUUGUGCUCGUGGGGAUAUUAGGUACUUAGAUCGGAUUUGUAUUUUUCUUCCUUUGUCCAUGGCUGGAUUGCUAGAAUUGAAGAGUUGUAUGUGGGUAUCGAGUUUCACGGGUCUAUCUGGUUCUGUAUUUUAAUGUCUUAGGUCUAAAGGUCUUGACAUAUCAUGUGGAGGAAAUAGUUCAUAUCCUCUUCCUGCAACUCUGUUUGAUGUUGGAUCCAUAAUUUAUAUCUGACCUAAAAUUCUCCUUUA